CUCGCUGUCCCCGGAGCAGCGUCGUUCCUGUCGGUCCCCACCUCCCGCGUUCCUCGCUAGCUCCGGCCAAUCUCGGUCCUUCGGGUCAGCGUCCAGCUGCCGCGGGCUCUGCCCGGGUGACUCCCGGUCCCGCCUCCCCCGCUUCCCUCCGCAGGCAGCGGCCCCCUCCCUCCCCAGAACAGCUGAAGGUCUCAGUCACCUCCGAGGGGAGCGCAGGGGGAGGGGAGGGGGCGGAGAACGCAGAGGAGGGGGAGGCGGGGAAGCCUUGACGCUACUGCCCCAGACACAGCCCAGGGCUGGAGGGGACUGGGGCGUCCGCCUGCGCGCCCCUCCCCAAAGUCCCACCUCCAGGCCGCUCGCCGGCGGCGGCGGCGGCGGCGGUGGCGGUAAAGUCGCUCCGAAAGCUUAAAGGGGAAUUGGAGGAGGUUUUUAUUUCCCUUUGUGCCGGUGGCUGGUGCCGGAUCGCGGCGGCCGGGCUGGGGCAGUGGGAUUAGGACUUCCUCCCAAGCCAAGAGGAGCGCAACAAAGGAUGCGCCCUGCCGAGGUCACGGUCCCAGCAGCCCAACUUUGCGCUCCGUGCCAGCGCCCCGGAGAAGACCACCCGCUGCGCUGAGAACCCAGGCGUCCUGGCCAAGCGAGGCUGGGGGCGUCCCCGACCUCAGGCCCCAGAAAAGGUAUCCCGGAGCUUCCCGGAAACGGCAGGCGGACAAACAGCGCACCCUGACUGCGCUGCCCGCGGAAAUUCCGCGCGCUUUAGCCGAUGCCCCUCGCCCUGGCUCCCGCGCUUGGCGUUCAGGGCCCUGCGGCGUGCCCCCUUCCCCUGAGGUCCUUCCUAAACUGGGUUAAGCUGACCUUCCUCCUCCCUCCUCUCUCUCCUUUUUCUCCCCGUCUACCACCUCUUCUUUCCUCCUUAUCUAUGCGGAACCCAGCUGCGGGGCACACCUGAUCUUUCUUCCUUACCUCUUCUUCAUCUCUUUCUACUUCUCUUUGGGUAAGGGGGCCCGGGAAAGGGUAUAUGGGUCCCCGCCUGACCGUGGCCAGGUUGGGGUGAUACGUGCCCAAAUGGCCAAGUGGCUAAGGGACUACCUUAGCUUUGGCGGUCGGAGGCCCCCUCCGCAGCCGCCCACCCCUGACUACACCGAGAGCGACAUCCUGAGGGCCUACCGCGCGCAAAAAAAUCUGGAUUUCGAAGACCCCUAUGAGGACUCCGAGAGCCGCCUGGAUCCUGACCCUGCGGGCCCCGGAGACUGCAAGGGCCCUGGAGGAGAUACCAAGUACGACUCUCCCAAACAUCGGCUCAUCAAGGUGGAGGCAGCGGACAUGGCCAGAGCCAAGGCCUUGCUGGGCAGCCCCGCGGAGGAGGCGCGUGGCCUGCUGGCCCCUGGAGAUGAGGUGGAGGCUGACACUGAGUAUUCAGACCCCUUCGAUGCCCAGCCUCAUUGUCCACCCCGAGACGAUGGUUAUAUGGAGCCCUAUGAUGCGCAGCAGGUCAUAAGUGAACUGCCAUGCAGAGGGGUACAGCUAUAUGAUACUCCUUAUGAAGAGCAGGACCAAGAGUCAGAAGAUGAGCCCCCUUCUGGACAUAGGCCUCGACAGAGCCGGCUGCCCCAGGAAGAUGAACGACCAGCAGAUGAGUAUGACCAGCCGUGGGAGUGGAAGAAAGACCACAUCUCCAGGGCAUUUGCAGUGCAGUUUGACAGUGCCGAGUGGGAAAGGACCCCAGCCUCAGCCAAGGAGCUUCGGAGACCCCCACCCAGGAGCUCCCAGCCCGCAGAGCGUGUGGACCCGACCCUGCCCCUGGAGAAACAGCCGUGGUUUCAUGGCCCGCUGAACCGGGCAGAUGCUGAGAACCUUCUAUCGCUCUGCAAGGAAGGCAGCUAUCUCGUGCGGCUGAGUGAGACCAGUCCCCAAGACUGCUCCCUGUCCCUCAGGAGCAGUCAUGGCUUCCUGCAUCUGAAGUUCAUGUGGACCAGAGAGAACCAAGUGGUGCUGGGCCAGCACAGUGGGCCUUUUGCCAGUGUGCCUGAGCUGGUCCUGCAUUACAGCUCUCGCCCACUGCCAGUGCAGGGCGCUGAGCACCUGGCCCUGCUAUACCCAGUCAUUGUGCAGACCCCCUGAUGGAUACCCUCUGCUGACUUCUGGGCUCUAAGUCUCAGAAUCAUGUCUCAAAACCCUCUUCUGGCCUGAAAAAUAAAUAAGUUAUUGUCUG